CUCUCUCUCUAAAGUAUAGAUACAUAGAUAUAUGUUCCCUCCCAUUUUGGUGCUGAUUUUUAUGCUCCAACAACCAUUUUUCAGUCAGUCGUCAUAUUUUUAACAAUCAAAUAUCAAUUCAUACGUCACUCGUCUUCAAUUCUCCCAUGGACUGAUUUAUUCCUGCCCGCUGCCCUCAAAAAAUAUCUCCCCUGCGCCUGCCCUGCCCGGAUAUCUAUGGGUCAGGCCCUCAGCUGCGGCGCCGCCGACGAGCACGGCCUGUUCGCCGCCGUCCAGCGGGGAGAUUCCGAUGCCGUCGCGGCGGCUCUAUUGAAAGACUCCUCUCUGAUUCGCCGCACCACCGUCUACCACCGCCACUCACUUUUGCAUAUCGCCGCCGCCAAUGGCCAGAUCGAGAUGCUUUCGAUCCUUUUGGAGCGAUGUGUGAACGUUGAUGUUCUGAAUCGAUACAAGCAGACUCCAUUGAUGUUGGCUGCAAUGCAUGGGAAGCUGUCGUGUUUGGACAAGCUAAUCGAAGCAGGCGCCAACAUUCUAAUGUUCGAGGGUGUGAACGGAAGGACGUGUUUACACUACGCCGCCUACUACGGCCACUCCGACUGCCUUCUCGCCUUGCUCGCCGCCGCCCAGACCUCCUCUGUCUCAUCUUCCUGGGGAUUCCCUCGGUUUGUGAAUGUCAGAGAUCGGAAAGGCGCGACGCCGCUGCACUUGGCUGCCCGGCAAAGGCGGGCGCGUUGUGUUCAUAUAUUGCUGGACAGCGGAGGCCUCGUCUGCGCUUCCACACACGGAUACGGAUAUGGGUAUGGAUACAGGUUAUCGAAUAGUACUCCCCUGCACAUGGCGGCGAAGGGAGGUUGUCUCGAUUGUGUUCGGGAAUUGCUCGCUUGGGGCGCCGAUCGGCGCCAACAAGACGCAUCGGGGAGAAUUCCAUAUGCAAUUGCGUUAAGACAUCGCAACGGGGCGUGCGCGGCUCUACUAAAUCCAUCGUCGUCCGAGCCACUCGUGUGGCCGUCGCCGUUGAAAUUCAUGACCGAGCUCAACCAGGAGGCGAAAGCCUUACUCGAAAAGGCAUUAAUGGAGGCGAACCGGGAGCGAGAAAAGGCCAUUUUUAAGAAAACAUCCUACUCGAUGCCGUCUCCGUCGCCAUCCGACGACAAUAUGUCCGAGUGGUUUCUUACAUCUCAGGCGAACGACGCCGACUUGUGCUGCAUAUGUUUCGACCAAACGUGCACGAUCGAGGUUGGCGGGUGCGGCCACCGCAUGUGCGCCCAAUGCACGCUCGCCGUGUGCUGUCAUAACAAACCCAAGCCGGCAUCCUAUCCCGAGCCCGUCUGCCCCUUCUGCCGGAGGACCAUUGUAAGAAUUGCCGUAGCUGAGCCGAGGAAUUCUUGGAAUUCCUUCAGCGAGGGUAGCAGCAACAGUAGCUUCAAGGGUUUGUCGGCCGCCACCGCCGCUUCCUUCCGGCGGAUGCCGAGUGGCGGCUCCGAUGACAUUAUUGAUAUUGAAAAAUGAAUAAGGUAAAACUUGGGUCUUAGACCAAAGUAAAUCAUCUGUCCCAUUAACACACCCUAUCCUCAUACACAUAGUGUGUAUAUAUAUACUAUACAUACACAUAUGUGUAUAUAUACAUAUUAUGUAUGUGGGAAUAAGGGGAUAAAAUUUAUUAAUGGGAUAGAGGAUCCGAUGGAGUUUUAGACAGUUGGAUUCUAUACUACAAGGAUCAAGACACUUCCAAAGUAAGGUUAAGGUAUUUCCUUUAUUUGUUUUUCUUCAUUAAAAAUGCUUAGGAUGAAAUUCAUUGCUAUUGUUUAUAAAUAUAGUCAUUGUAAAGAUUCCUUUUACUUUUAUUGUGACAACAUAGGAGUUUGUAUUGUAUUAUUGAUUCGUUGUUGUUUGGUUGUGAGGAACAAUAAAUUAAAGAAUUUGC